CAGGAAGGUUAAAUCAUCACACGUGAUCGAACAUCGCGAACAUGUGGCUAGCGUCCGUACAUCCAAAUGCGGCCAUUACCUUGUUCUCCUUUCAUUAAAUCGCUUCCGGGUCGCAAGCCGCCGAAUCCCUUCUCUGUCUCUCCCACCAUCACCCAACACCGUCUGUGCGUCGUCCAAAGCGAUGUACAGCCCGACCCGCACCAUGCAAUUCCCAUCGAGGGCGCGAAGACAACCGUACAUAGGCUGCCUGAACGCGUUCGCACAGAGCCACCAGGCCACAACCUUGCAGAUGCUCUCGGACGACAUUCUGCUGUUGAUCAUCAGCUUCGUAGAAGUGAGGGAUGUUCUGAUCAUGAGGCAGACGUCGAAACGGUUGUUCACCCUCUCGAAGCUGCGUUGGGUGUGGCAUAACGCGAUCAAGCGACACAUCCUCGACAGAGGGCUUCCCAUACCCGCGGGGGGUACAGACUUGAAGAUGCUGUCAGCGGAGCAGCUCGAGGCGCGUGCCGUGCACGCCGCCAAAUUCCAUGACAACUGGUGUUCUGCGAAUCCAACGGCCCGACACACGCUCUCAUUCAGCGCGGACCAAUAUCUACCUGAGGAGACACUCGAGUCUCACAAGUCGACCGUGAGCCACAUCGCGUUCUUGCCUGGGUGCAGCGGCCAGUUCCUCGUCACGGUCGUUGGAAGGAUCAUUACUUGCUGGGAGGUUCCAUUCGACGGCUCGGGCGCGUACCGCAUUGCGGACUAUGUGUCGCCACUGCAGGUCGAACAGUUGGUCAUCAACGAAGACAGUGAAGCGGAGGGUACCCUCGCAUACUUGACUGGUUCUCCAGCACAGAAUGAUCCCGCGGUGGUCGUCGCGCUUUCUCUUGACAAAUUCCACGGGCAGUUCCUGGAGAUAUCGAGGCUACGCAGCGUCCGAGGGAUGGCGUACCCCUUGCAUACUAUGCAUGGGAGCUACGUUGUAUUAGGAAACGCACCCACGAUUUGGUAUUAUCAAGGGCCCAUUGAGGCUGUCAGCCUUCACUCGUCGCAUCCAUUGGCGCAGAUCGGCGAGAUUCGUGCAGUCAAGAUCGUCAACCGAUACAUGGUUGUCGUGCGCGAGAACUGUAUGCAAUUCAUAUACGCACCCGUCUGGAGAGGCAGACGUACCGCUUGGAGUGGGCAGCCACAGUUGCUAUUCCAACUGAGCCCGACCGCUAUCGAGGCUAUAAUCAUCCAUCGCAACGCUGGAACUGAACAAGAGGAUAUGAACGACUGGCCAUCCACACCUGUGACUGUCCUUUUGCGAUGCAGGGAAGACGGUAUCGAAAUGAUCGUCCAAUUCGAUCUGCUUCCCGGAUCCAACAAAUUCGCGCAGUCGUCAGCCGAGGAGGCUUCGCUGCCGUCGAGCUUGCUCCCUUUCGCGAGAUGUAGGCGUGUCAACGCCAUCCCCGUACCACCGUCCUGCCGGAAGCUGCACGCCAGUUCCAGUGGCAAAGGGUUCUGCAUCCAAACCAGGCAUAUCAACUCGCGGCAAUCGUCGUACCCUGCACGUUGUCUGCUCGGUUUCCAUGUCACUGCGCGGUCGGUUGUCGCGCCUAUGUCUUCCGAAGGCACAGGCAAAGGGGAACAACCCAAAGCGACGUACCUUGGGAACGACGUGCAGUAUUCGGAAAAGCCCUUCUACUCACGUCGGUGCGACAUGAGCGAGAUCAUCCAACGGAAGUAUGCCAUCGUGUCCACGGCAUUCGAGGACACAGCGGGGCGGAUAGCCAUCGGGGACAGACACGGCCAGGUGGAGGUGCUGGACUUUGCAUGAGGAUCGGGCCUGGUAGACGCGAUUUGUACGAAGACGGACUAUCCGGAAUGUGGUAUGGUGUACAGUAUGAUGGCUCGAGGGAGGGAAGACGGGCAGGCUGUAUAACGCAAGGUUACUCUUAUGUUGGGCAGGACAAUAGCAAGUGCCCAUUUCGGGCAAGCCUGUGAGCGAGC